CAGUGGCUUUUUUUUUUAAUUUUCAGUUUAGUCUCGUGCUGUAUCGUGGUGAUUUAACAUGGAUGUGUCCGGAAAGGUUUUCUUCAUCACUGGAGGGGCUCAGGGGUUAGGCAAAGCGUAUGCUGAGGCGUUGCUGGCCAAAGGAGCGAAGGUAUUCCUCGGUGAUGUGGACCCCAAAGCUGGAGCUGAAACUUUAGAAGAUUUCCAGAAACGUUUUGGGGAGCAAAAUGUCAAAUUCACAGCUUUUGAUGUAACAGAUCUGGCAAAAUUUGAAG